AAGAACAGGACAAAAAAAAAGCAAAAUCUUCUUGUCCUUGCGCCAACAAUUUGGCAACAAGACGAAGAAUGAAUCUGCUUUUAGGAAAGGCAUCAUUGGCGUGUCAUUGUUCAUAAAGCCAAAAAAGAGAUGAAAGCAAGCGUCUUUCACAUUGAAACUGAAUGUCUCCUCCUUUUUCCUUUGGGUAUGAUAUAGGAUUGGCCGCAUGAGCUUUGUGCUUUACUUGCUUGCAAAUCUACUUGCAUAUAUGAACCUCAAACCUCUUGCCCAAACCAUCUCUCUCUUUCUCUCUGUCCUCGGCCGGCUUUUGUUUCGGUGUCUGCAUGAAAUGAUCAUUCCUGCAGAAAUGAUACAAGUGUUUUCCUUUCAUGGGUUUCAAGUAGAAAUGGGCUCCAGAAGUCGCAGACAAGCUGUCCUCCCUGUUCUUUUGAUGAUCGUGAUCUUCGGAGUCAGUUUGAAAGUUAUUGCAGGGAGCACAUUAUCGUCUCACGGUCGUGCACCAGGGAGACAUCUCCUUCAGGUUGACAAUGCUUCAGAUACCAUAAGGUACUCGGGUGACAACACUGUUAGAGUCGAUCCGCUCGACAAUUUCAAGAAAUACAGAGGAGGAUAUAACCUCACCAACAAGCACUAUUGGAGUUCGACAAUAUUUACCGGAGUUUACGGAUAUGCCGUCGCAAUCUUGUGGCUUCUGAUUGGAGUAGCAUAUGGGUUUUACAUGCUAUUGGCCAGGUUUUGUGGGAGAAGGGAAAAUUGCAGAGAACUUCAGAAGAGAUCAGAGUGUCACAAGCUAUGCCCUCUGUGGCCUGUUCUAAUCGCCCUCACCUUCGCCGUCUUAGCAAUAGGGGCGGUCGGGUUAGUGCUCGGGGCCAAUGCUAAAUUCCAUUCAAGGGCGAAGACUGUUGUGAGCAUAAUCAUCAAUACAGCAGACGAUGCAUCGAAAACGAUAUACAACACCACAGGAGCGAUGAGAGACAUCAAGGACACUUUGGAAGUGUCGAAUGGAAGCGCAUAUGCCUCUAGCUUCCUCAUGACCACAUCCGAGAAACUGGACUCCGAGGCUGCCGAUAUCCAAAUACAGGCUAGGAAGAACCGGCGAUUGAUUGACAAGGGCUUAGAGAUAGUGUACAUAGUAACCACGGCGACCAUAUGCUUGAACUUGGUUGCGGUCAUAGCUCUGUCAGUUUCUGGGUUUUUAAGACUACGGCAUCUGCUUUACUGGUUGAUCGUGUUAUGUUGGUUAUUGACCGUCCUUUGCUGGAUCUUCUUCGGGUUAUAUUUCUUCUUAGACAAGUUCUCGAGCGAUACAUGCACGGUUCUGGAUGACUUCCAACAGGAUCCGAACAACAACAGCUUGAGUUCAAUCCUCCCCUGCGACGAAUUGCGCUCGGCAAAGUCCAUUCUCUCGGAUGUCAGUGCAGGAAUCUACGACAUGGUCAACAAGGUGAAUGCAAACAUAUCGUAUCUUCAGGCGACAUCAUUCCCGAAUCUCAUGUACGUCUGCAACCCGUUCUCGCCGCCACCUGAAUAUGAUUACCAGCCGGACAAAUGCCCUGGGAACACAAUUCGAAUAGGAGACAUCCCAAAGGUUUUGAAGAUUUUCACUUGUUCUGACCCCAAUGAGGAUAACUGCUCCGGCGGCCAAUACUUAUCCGCCAGUAAUUACAAGACAGUCGAGGCCUACACGAGCUCGAUCCAGAGCCUGUUAAAUGCUUACCCGGGCAUGGAGAGCCUGAUCGAGUGCCAAUCGGUGAAGGACGCAUUCUCGCAGAUCCUGACCAAACAUUGUGGGCCAUUGAAGAGGUAUGCCCAGAUGGUCUGGGCGUCCCUCGUGUUCCUUUCAGUGAUCAUGGCGUCCUUGGUUCUGAUAUGGACCGCAAAGGCAAUCCAGGACCAGAAACAUCAACAUUCCGACGGUUCGGUGAAGCCUCACUGCGCAGCACCGGAUCCUCAGGAACCUGGGAAAACUAAAGAAUUCCAGGACAAUGUUGAAUAUGGCUCUGUCUAGGGAAUGUUUGGGAUUUGUCGGCCGAUUUUUCGGGCGGGAAACAUUGGGAGGAGAACGCGCAAGCGAAUUCCGAGAACCCGGGUUAUACGAUUAACUAUGUCAACUGUACAGAGAGAUAGAUAAAGAUACACGAGACUGUCGCAUAGCUUUGAGGUGAACAGUUGCUGGUAUCUUCCCAGGAGAGAAGAACAAGCAAAGAUUUGAUUCUUUUUUUUUUUAGGUAGGGAGAUAUGAUUUUUGGUUUUUAAUAUAGAGAAAAUGUCAAUCAGGGGAUCCAACCCCGCCAUAGAAAUUCAAUUCAAUGUAAUUUUCAUUUUAUAAGCAACUGUAAAGCAAUGAAAUUAUCGAGA